AUGAAUUUUACAAUAAAUGAAAUAAGGAGAUCAGGGACUCAUGUAAAAUAAUUUAUUAUGACAGACAGAAGAAGAACUCAAUUAACUAACAUUGGAUGAGAACAUGGGAGAAUUGAGAAGAGCACAAUAUAUUCUUUAGAGAGGUCAUCCAAUUUAAAAAUAUGCAGUAUUAUAGAUAAUAAUUAGAUUUACUCAAAUAUCCAUAGGUUAUUUAAGGUGAGUGGAUUUAGUUUAUUGUUUCCAAUAAUUAAUGAGGAUUUGGUGAAGUAAGAUGAAGACACGAUUGCAAUAGCAACUAAGGAAUUGUUGUUGAUUGCAAAAUAGAUGAAAGAGAAGGAAUAACAGUUGUUACUUAAUCAGACGAUUCAUUUCAUGAAGAAUUAUAAUUUGAAAUUAGCAGAAGGAUGGUUUGAGUUAUUUGAAAUGUUAUAUUGUUGUGAUAUACACAAUUCAAUUAAGUUGAUAGAUGAGUUAACUGAUAUUGAGGCUGAGACACAUUUACGAUAGAGAGGAGCUCGAUUACUUCAAUAUAUACCAUAGAUAGAGAAAAUAUAAUUGCUUUGUAUGGAUAAGGAUCCUUAGGUAAGAUUUGAGAUUGUGAAAACAAUAUAGAUUGUUUACUGUACUUUCACUCCUGAAAAGUUUAGUACUUAUUUGUAAAUGAAGGUAUAUAAAUCAUAUUACAAUUAAAGAUUUUUGAGUUGAUUUAUGAUUAUGAAGUACAAGUAAGGAUGGCAGCUAUUGAGAUGUUUUUUAUGGUUUAAUCUCAUUUAUAAGAUAGGGAAAAAAUGAUUACAAAAUAAUUUUUUGAAUUUCUAAGUUCCCAGAAUGUAUAAAUUAUAACAAUAAUGUCAAGAAUAUGUGGGAAAGUAUUAAUGGAAAUAAUGGAUGUAAAACCUGAUAUUUAAAAAUUUCUAAAAGUGUUCAUAUCAUUUGCUGAUAAUACAAAUGAAGAAUAUAGAAUUAACUUUGCUUACAAUUUUCCUGCCAUACUCCAAAUCUUACAGGGGGAAUGUUAUGAUUAAUUAAAAGAAACCUAUUUAAAAUUAAUGCAAUUUGAUACAUCUAUUCAAGUCAGGAACUUACUCUUGGCAAGCAUCCCAGAUGUUAUCUCUACUUUAAAAAUUCAUAAAACUCAAUCACUAAUACCACUUAUUCGUAAAAUGUUAGAUAAUCCAAUAAUAUAAUACAAUUUGUAUUCUAUCAUCUAUGCUCUUUGGCCAAGCUUUGAUCAAUAAGAACAAUUAAUUUUAUCAGUAAUUAUUAAUAAUUAUAUAACAUAGAAAAUGUUAGUGAAUGAUAUCCUAAUAGACUUAGUAAAACAAUUAAAUUGCAAGGCCACUAUAAUGUUAUUAGAAUAAUUACUAAAGUAAAAUCACAUUAUAUAUACAGAGACUUCACGAGUUCUUUUAAUAAUGCGAUGCAUAUCUAUUAUUAUUAAGUCCACUAUAAAACUUAUUAUCAGCAGAUUCAUCAAAUAUUAGAACAUUGGCAGCUCAAAAUAUAGCAUAUUUGGCAUAUCAUGAUCAGUAAUGGAAAUAUCUAAAUUUCAUAGAUCUAUUAAUAGUUAAAUGAUAAACCAAUGUAUGAAUAGUCACAAAUUCAGAAUGCGUAUCUGUUAUAUUGAUUUCAUUUCUUAAACUAUUGAUCUAUGUUCUAAGAGAUAUUUCCAUGUGAAUAAUUUCAUCAAUAUAUUGGUACUCAGUUAAGAUAAGAUUUUUGAUGUACGUAUUAAACUAAGUCGUAUCAUGAAAAAGAUUUAAACAAUUAUUUUAGAUAAUGAUGAAACUGCAUGUAUUUAAUAUGAUUAAGCUAUUAAACAUCUUUCAAGAGAACCUAUUAUCAAUGAAGUAAUUAAUAUUUUUAUUGAAUAUAGAUUCUUAAACAGAAUGAAUCAUUGUAAAUUUCAUUUGGAGAUGAUUUACUAAAAGAAUAAAAAGAACAUUUAUGUUUUGCUAGGAUUUCAGCUGAUGAUAUUGAUGCUAUCGAAAAAAAUGAACAUACAGGAUCCAUUUCACCAUUUAUUAUUAAAUCUAAAAAUGGAUAUGGACAUAGUAGAAAACGUUCAUCAGUCACUCGUUAACCCAUCAAUAGAUCUUAACCGAAUGCUUCAUUUACUUAAAAACUUACUCAAAUUUAAACUAAAUACAAUCCUAUCAAAAUUUCAGAAGACAUGAGUCGUAGAACUUCUGUUCCUCCUGUUCCUGGUCGAAAAUUACAACUAACUUUAAAACCAACCAAUACUCAAUUCAAACCCAAAUUAAACUAAUAACGAUUGAGAAAAUGA